AUGGCACUGGCCCUUCUCCUCGCCACUCUGGUGCACGCGGCCGUCGCCUGCGCGUCGCCCCGGGAUUGCUCUUACAACGGCCACUGCGGCGCUUCAUCGGCAUGCGUCUGCGCACCACAGUGGACCGGCCCACGCUGCGAGACGCUUAACCUCCUGCCCGCGCGCAAGGAUGGAGGCUUCCGCUCCCCGCACGCGGCACCCGAGCACAUCUCCUCGUGGGGCGGCUCCAUUCUGUACGACGAGUCUGAUGGCCUUUGGCACAUGUUCGCCGCCGAGAUGGCCAACGGCUGCGGCAUUAACCACUGGGAGCCCAACUCUCAAGUCGUCCACGCCACCGCAGCAGCGGCGGACGGGCCUUACACGUACCGCUCGACCGUGCUUGAGCCCUUUGCCCACGAGCCGAACGCCGUGCGCGCCCCCGACGGCACGUGGGUCAUCUACCUGACCCUGCGCCACCCCAACGGGGAGCAGCUUGCCAACUGCUCCGAGACGAAUACAUGGUCUCGCCAAGAUGGCCCGCCGCCCCGCCACACGUACAUGGUUCACGCUCCCUCGCCCGACGGGCCGUGGAGUGCGCCCCAGCUCGUCCUGAGGGCCAACACGUCGAUCUGGAACAACCGGACAGUGCUCAUCGACACCAACCUCGCAGUUGCCAUCCCGGCAAGCUCGGUGGUCGGCAUCUGGCGCAAGUGCGAGAACUCGGACGGGGCCAGGACGAGGAUGAAUCCUGUCCAGGGCGUUCCGGAACGCCUUCAGAGCUGUCUGAGACGCCUCGAGAAGGCCGCGGAUCCUGAGACAGCCUCCCUAUAG